AUGAUGGAACUGAAAAGCGAAAGUGAUCGCCACCGGAUUUCAACUGCAAUCGAAAAAUGCAAAAAAGUUAUCAUUGGUCUGCAGCAAUUGCACAAAAUACCUGGAGUAAGUAUUUCUGUCUCAGUCAAUGGCUCACUUGUUUGGACAGAAGGUUUUGGUCAUUCAGAUGUGGAGAAUAAUACUUUAUGUACUGAAAACACAGUUAUGAAAAUUGCAAGCAUAAGCAAGUGCAUAACAUCUGCAUUGAUGGCCAAUGAAAUUGACAAAGGUAGACUAGACUUGGAUGCUAAUAUUAAUCAGUAUCUAGACUGGCCUGAACUGUUUUAUAAUGAAAAAAGUGUUUUUAUUACACCUAGGAUGUUGGCAUGUCAUCUUGCAGGAAUUCGUGCCUACAAAUAUAAUUCUGAACUAACAGCAGAAGAACCGAAUUAUAGAUACGAUGAAUAUCACAUUGUGGAGAACUACCCAAAUGUUACAUCUGCUUUGCAAUUGUUUAAACGUGAUGAACUCAUUUCAGAGCCAGGUAGCAAAUUCAAUUACUCCAAUCAUGGGUACACACUUUUGAGUGCAGUCCUGGAAAAAUCAUCAAAGAUGGAAUUCAAGGAGAUGUUGUUCAGAAUGCAUUACAAAUUGGUAAAUGAUAAGCCAGUGAUCUGUCCUCAAACUUCAAGUUCCUUCAAGAUUGCUGGCGCAGGAUUGCUCUCCACUUCUGUAGAUCUUAUCCGAUUUGCAAAUUACAUCAUUUCUUGUUAUCGAGGCAAAAAUAAAACGCCAGGAGGCUUAAGUAAAGAGAUCGUUCGCACGCUCUGGACGCCAGUGAAAAACGGCAUUCUUGUAAAUAAUAUCAACUUUCAGUACGGUCUGGGUUGGCAGGUAAAUUGGAAAAAAGGGAAUGAUAGAAUGUAUGUUGGACAUACUGGGAGAGCUACAGGAGCCAGCUCCGUCUUGAUGAUCUCACUGCCAUUCAACAGGGGAAAGUUCUCAAAUCCAGAUUCUAGCAAAGGAAACAGUCUGGCAGUGGUUAUUUUGUCAAACAUGCAAGGAGUUUCACUGAACGAUGUCUCUAUUAACAUUUUGGACAUUUUUAGUCAAGCUAUUGAUGGAUAA